AUGAAUUUCGGAACAAUUAAUAUUAAAGGAGCAGGAGGGAUUGGGAAGGCGGCUCGAGUCAAAGGGUUAUUGUCGAAAUUCAAUUUAGCUUUUAUUGCUAUACAAGAAACACAAUUUAGGGACUUGUCCUUAAGUAAAAUAAGAAGAUUCUGGGAUAGCUCUAGUUUUGAAUUUUCGAAAGUGGAUGCUGACGGUAGAUCUGGGGGAUUAUUAUCACUAUGGAAUCCUUUAGUGUUUAAGAAGGAACUGGAACUAAAAAGUCAGAAUUUUUUAAUAAUAAAGGGUAAAUUAACAGGAGAAAACGAAGAUUUGGUUGUGGUGAAUGUGUACGGCUCAACAUCAAAGGCAAAUAGGAUAAGAAUGUGGGAAGAAUUACUGGAGGCGAAAAAUCAAAUAACCGGAGAUUGGAUCAUGCUUGGCGACUUCAACGAGGUAAGAUUUCCUGAAGAUAGAUUUAAUUCUGAGUUUGAUGUGAAUGGGGCUAUAUGUUUUAAUAAUUUUAUUAGUAGAGGGGGAUUCUUGGAAUACAACAUGACUGGCCGAAAAUUUACAUUUCUAUCGGGUGACCGCAAGAACCUAAGUAAAAUCGAUCGGGUUUUGGUGUGUGGAAACUUCAUGAAUAAAUGGCCGAAUGCAUCUUUACUGGCUCUAAACAGAGACAUAUCUGAUCAUAGUCGCCUAAUACUUACCACAGUCAAUAAUAGCUUUGGUCCCUCUCCAUUCAGACUGUUUAAUAGUUGGUUCUCACUAGAAGGUUUUGACGAGGCUGUGAGAAGAGGUUUGGAUAAAUUAAGUGAGUCAAGAUUCAAAGAUGAAGAAAUGUCAGAUAAGUUAAAAGCUGUUAAAGAAGAGCUAAAGAAAUGGCGAAAAAAUAAAAAAGAAGAAGAGGAGAGAGUUAUUCUGGAAGCAAAGAACAAACUGGAACACUUAGAUGAGAUAGCGGAAAAUAGACAGUUAACGGAAGAGGAAAUCAAAACAUGGCAAUCAUGUAAAUCAAAAAUAAAAGAAUGUCAAGAAGUGAUGGCUUUAGAUAUGCAACAAAAGGCCAGGCUCAGGUGGGUCGAAUUGGGAGAUGAAAACACGAAUUUUUUCCAUUCCAUUGUUAACAAUCAUAUCGCUAGGAAUAGAAUAGCGGGGUUAUGGAUUGAAGGGGUUUGGGUGUCAGAUCCGAUACAGAUUAAAGCACAGUUUCUAUUGGCCUUUAAAGAAAAGUUUAAGGAACCAGUAAGAUCAAGACCCAGGAUUGGCCCAGGAGAUUUUAAAAAAUUAAGUGAGGAACAAUCGAUUGAUCUAAUUUCACCAUUUACAAUAGAAGAGGUACGUAGUGCGUUUGGGAUUGUGGAAUUAAUAAAUCGCCUGGUCCAUACGGGAUUACCUUCAAAUUGA